AUGAAUUGGCUCAAGUCCACUCUCGCCUCGGUUGCGGGCACGCAGGAACCGAUAUAUGGCCCCGAGGCCAUUCAGCCUGUUUCUCAGCAACAGACGGCAGAUACCCCUUAUACUGAGCUCACCAAGGACCAUCUCCGGUGGCGCGCCUACCAGUAUACCAAUGUAGAGACCCAGACAUACUAUGUCAUGGCCGACAAUGGCACCCUGGUCAUGGUUCAGAUCAUCUACAGCAACAUCGCUGGCAUCCACACUACCGCUCAGUUUAAUUGCAAGAUCUUCAACACCACCGGCGAUGGACCCCACAUCUGGUUCUCCGACCCGAUCUACAACUACAUGUUCGACGAGAGCAUGCUUUCGUUUGCCGGAGAUAACAUCUCCCUGGAACUGAACGAGGAGGGAAAUGCCUACAAUUUCAAGUCUGCUGUCAACGAAGGCUGUCUCGUCAACUUGACCUUCACCCGCGCCUCCCCCGGCUUCGCCAUCGGCAAGGACGGCACCACCUACUUCGGAACCGACCCAGAGAACCCCUGGGGUUCCAUACGCCAUGCCUUCUGGCCCCGAUGCAAUGUGGAGGGAACUAUCACGACGGGGGACAAGACCUACGAUAUGAAGGGUCGGGGAAUGUUCUCCCAAGCACUUCAGGGGAUGAAGCCCCACCAUGCGGCUUCGCGGUGGAACUUUAUCAACUUCCAGACCCCCUCAUUCUCCGCUAUCAUGAUGGAAUUCACAACCCCUCCGUCUUAUGGGUCAACUCGUGUUAAUGUUGGCGGUAUUGUCAAGGACGGAGAGAUUAUCUAUGCGGGCACCACCAACACAGCAACACACACAGAAACGACGCAGGAUGAGACUAGUGACUGGCCAGAGCCCAAGUCUAUCAAGUGGGUGUGGGAAGGCAAGACCAAGGACGGAAAGACCGUUACAGCGGAGGUUGACGGCGCCCUCGGCCCUAAGCUAGACCGCAUCGACGUCAUGGCCGAAGUACCAGGCUUCAUCAAGACUAUUGCCGGCAGCGUCGCCGGUACACGGCCGUACAUCUUCCAGGUCGGCGAAAACGAGUUCACGGAAGAAGGAACCAUGUUCUCCGAAGCCACCUUCAUCUCCUAA